AGUUUUGGGUUCGUGCUUAUCGUGGUGACUGAGCCCUAAAAUCCCUCAAUCGCCAAUCUCAAUCUCAAAAUCUGAGUCUCAUGGGUGGUGCUGCUAGUGAUAGUGCUAGUCUCCACUCGAUGGAUUCAGAUUCUACUUUUCCUAAAGACAAAGACUUUGGAAGAUUCCAAUUCGGAUGCGAGCACUACCAGAGACGUUGCAAAAUCAGAGCUCCUUGUUGCAAUCUGAUCUUCCCAUGCCGCCAUUGCCAUAAUGAUGCAGCGAAUUCUUUAUCUGAUCCUAAGCAACGACAUGAUUUGGUCCGCCAAAACGUCAAACAGGUUAUUUGUUCAAUUUGUCAAACUGAGCAAGAGGUUGCUCAAGUCUGCUCAAAUUGCGGCGUCUCUAUGGGGGAAUACUUUUGUGAUAUCUGCAAAUUCUUUGAUGACGAUACUUCGAAAGAACAAUUUCAUUGUGAUGACUGUGGAAUUUGUAGAGUCGGUGGGCGUGACAAUUUCUAUCAUUGCCAGACCUGUGGAGCUUGUUAUGCAAAGGACUUGCACGAUAAGCACUCGUGCAUUGAGAACUCCACAAAGAAUUCUUGUCCCGUCUGUUAUGAGUAUCUAUUUGAUUCGGUAAAAAUCGCACGUGUGAUGAGUUGUGGGCAUACUAUGCAUAUGGAUUGCUUCAAACAAAUGAUCAAAGAACAACAGUACCGUUGCCCCAUUUGUUAUAAGUCGAUGAUGGAGAUGUCUUCUUCGUGGCAAUUAUUAGAUGACGAGAUAAGCGCAACAGAGAUGCCUGUUGAGUAUAGAUUUGAGGUCACAAUUCUUUGUAAUGACUGCAACAAGAGGAGCAAUACUAUGUUUCACAUUUUGGGACACAAGUGUGGGCACUGUGGUUCGUACAACACUCGCAGGAUCUCAACUCCACAAGACCUGGUACGUGAAACAGAGUGAUAAGUCUUUGGCCGUCAUUGGUCCAGCGAUAGAGCAAUACGGCUCAAAUGUUCUGCUUGUUAUGUCAAAGUUAUCAGGCAAAACCAUUGGGUUUGGAUUCCAGGUCUUGUCCACAUAAACCUAAAUGUAUGCAAUUGGCUAUGGUCUGGCUGUUUUAAAACAGGUUAAACCAAUUACGGUUCAUCUAUACUCACAAAUUCUUAUUAUCAUGUGUUAAAAAGGAUGAACUAGUAAAAAAA